CGUUUCGUUCGUUUUCGUGUUACGAUUCGGUUGUGCUUUCGUUUAGUUUGCUCGCGAUUGCCAUAAGACUGUUGUGUUCAUGUAUCUGUUGCUUCGAAUUCGAUGCUGUGAAUUUAACUACGUGUUUUCGCGGGCAUACCUGUCUGCAUCAAGGAUACUUACUGUGACGGUUUUCUGUGUGCGUCUAUUAGCUGAACAUGGCUUAGUGUAUACAGGUGUUUACUUCAGGUGACAGCUAGAAAGGUGCAUCUGCCUCGGAUUUUUCAUUUUCUUAUGUUCUAUACGUUCCGCAGUCAAGCGUUCGUAAUUAACUUGUUCACUCCAUUGCGACCGAUUAUUCGAAGCAAAGGAACUUCGUCUCAUACAUCAGUGAACAUAAUUUCUCUGCAGUUUUUUGGAAUUACCUAUCGUUCAAUUCAAGUAACGACCGGUUCUACCGGCGAGGCAGUCAGUGAUCGAAAGAGUUCGGGCAUCCCUCGGUUCUUCUUGAUCAUCGAGCUUCGGCUCCAAUCUGGACGAUAACGAAGGAUGGUAAGCUCCCGUUCGCCUGGUGUAACUGUCUCACCAGCUAACAGCGUGGCUACAUCACGUGUCGUCGUGUCUGACAGUGACGUAGCUCGUGAUGGUGACGCCAUCUUACCGAGCACCCGCCAAUCAUAUCGCGUGGAGGAUGAGGGUGGUCAUGUAAACGGAGCUCCUAGUGCUGUCGAAUGGAGCCAAAGCGGUCCGCCCUCGCUUUCUAUGUCGGUCGACCUGCAUAACCUGGUCAAUCCAAAUCUCCAAGACUCCGGGCAUUAUUCUGCUAGUCCUGAACACGCCGAUGCUACCGUGCCACCUAACGUUAAGUCUGCCAAAAAUCACGACGAAGAAGAGAGUUACGAAGCGUUUGGAUCUGUCGAAGGUGAUGCUGAUGACGGGGUGGAAUCACCAGGUGGUAGCAGUUCUGCACCUUCACCUACGGGUACCAAUUCUCACAAAAAUCCAAGAAGCCCUAAUUCAACCAUAGGAAGGCAUUCUUGGCUACGAACGUCACUUAGGCGAACACCUCCGUGUUCCGGAAGGAAGAGACUUAGUUCCAAUGCAUUAGCAAGUCAACUUUACCGAAGCGGCAGCUUUAAUAGCUCUGGUAGAGGCUCCAACUGUGAUCCCGCGGACGAUAUGUACAGCGAUGUCUCCCUCGAGGAUGAUGUCAUUGAUCUCAAUCAUAGAGUUCAAAUGAUUCAAGAACAAAUGCAUGCUUUAGUAGAUACCCAAUCGGUUGGGGAAGAACGGUACGCUAGAGCAAAGCAGGAAAAUGCCAUGUUGCAGGCAAGAAUAUUAAUGUUAGAAGAAGCUGCCAAAGAUGCUGAAACUCGCGCCGAAGAAAGGCUUCAGGCGGAACAACGAAGACAUAGAGAGUGGGCAAGUCGUUUAGAACGUGAACGGCAGUUGCAAUUAGAAAAUUAUGCCAUCAAAUUACAAGCGAUAGAAUUAGAAGGAACUAAUUUAAGGGAUGAAAUGGCUAGGUUACGCGAGCAAUUCGACAAAGUAAAAGCAGAAAAAAGUCGACUAGAAAAUGACCUUGAAGAGGCUAGAAGAGAAAUAGAUACUGCACGCGAAAGUGAGCACCAAGCGAUAAGUCGAGCUAAUGAAGCUGACUAUCAACUUGAAGCUGUUAGAGAAGAACUCUCAAUGAAAAUCGAGGAUCAACAAAAAAUAGAGGAAUUAAUGCAGCAAGUGGCACAACUUCGUGCUCGUAAUGAAAGUUUAGAGGAAUCGCGAGAUGAACUACAAGCUGCAGCGGCUCUGCAGGCAGGCCGUGAACUUUUAAUGUUAAACCCCUGUAAUAAUUCUGCUGAAAAAGGACCUAGUCUCGCUGUAGAACUGUUGGCUGGAAUAAAUCAAGAUCAAAUGGAUGGUCAACUUCCUGGAGAAAAUGGUGAACCCUGUAGUAUAUCUGAAAUAAAACAAGCUUUAAAGGAGCAACAAGAAGUUAAUACGCAAUUAAGGGCAUACAUGGAUGCAGUCUUAUUGAACAUAGUUGAGAAUUAUCCCCAGUUGUUAGAAGUGAAACAAACUCAUUGAACUAUUACAUAAAUAGUCAGUUAUUGAAUUUAAUGUUAAUUGUUUGAGGCAGUUGUACAUUACUUUGUUGAAAUUCUUUAUUAUUUAUAGAUUUAUAUAUGAGCAAUUUUGUCAUAGCUGUAAACAAGUACCAUAUGGGAAAGCAAUUUCCGUCCAUGUGAACUUAAAAUUUUAUUAGCGUGUUAUAAUUGUUGAAUUUAAAAUUUUCACUGCCAUUGUUACUACUCCGGUUGUACGUUUUUAAUGCAAAAGGCAGUGAACAAGUGGAAAAACUAAAAUAAGUAGUUAAACACGUAUGAAAAAUUUAAUCAAAAAAUUACUAUAUGCUCUACAUCGCUCGAAUUUUAAAAUUGGAGGCCUUAUAAUGUUGCCUUCGUAGAAAUGGCAUAAAACUAUUUUUGAACACUGAGGAAUAGUUAAUGCAUAACAUAAUGUAUAAUGUAUUAUACAUAAAAUCAUCAAGUUUUCUCCUUAUAAGAUAAAUCAAUAAAAAAAAGUUUAAAGACUCUUAGUAAAUGUUCAGAUAUAUAAGCA